AUGCCAGUCGACAAGAUCCGAGUAUCGGGUGACUCCCGUAUUGAGUACAAGACCGCUACACUCAAUGGCCAUAACUACUCUUACAUUCUCAGCCAGCCUGAGUCAAGACAAUACAAAGCUACCGUCUUCCUGAUCCAUGGCUUCCCCGAUAUCUCCAUGGGAUGGAGAUACCAAAUCCCCAUGCUCGUAGACAUGGGCUUGCGGGUGGUAGCUCCCGACUGCCUCGGAUACGGACGAACAGACGCCCCGGACGAUUUUACUCCGGGCGCAGGUCUUGCCUACCGCAUCGCCCUCUGGUAUCCAGAGCUAGUAAGCCACUUAUUCACAGUCUGCGUGCCUUAUGCACGACCCAUGGCCAAGAACAUCUCCAUCGAAGACCUUGUCCGUAACGUGACACCGCACCUUGCCUACCAGCUGCAGCUCAAGAGCGGGGAGGUGGAGAAGGUUAUUCGGUCAAAGGAUGAGAUUCGUCAGUUUUUGCUUGCGCUUUAUGGAGGUCGCACCGAGGCGGGUGAGAUUGGAUUUGAUGCCAAUAAGGGUGUUUUGCUUGAUAAAAUUGGCCACUUGAAGCCUUCGAGAUUGUUGAGUGAGGAGGAGUUGGAGUUUUAUACGAAUGAGUUUGCUCGCCAUGGCAUUCAUGGACCGCUUAACUGGUACCGCACUCGCGACGUGAACUACAAAGAUGAGCUCGCUAUUCUCGACAGCGAGAUUCAGAUUCCUACAUUGUUUAUCCAGGCGCUGAGGGAUCAGGCUCUGCCGCCUCAGAUGGGCAAGUCUAUGGCGAAGCGGUUCCCGCGACUGACGCUGAAGCAGGUUAAUACCGCGCACUGGGCUCUGUGGGAGAAGCCUGAGGAAGUCAAUGAGAUUAUUGGGACUUGGUUGAAGGAUCAGUCCGUUGUCGGUGGAAGGACGGGUAAGCUCUGA